AUGAACUAUGAAAUAACGAACGAGGGACUUGUAAACGCAGUAGCAAAACUUCCAUUGCUUGAAGAGCUGGAGAUCUCAUACUUAAUCUCAAAUCUGAAUUUGGAAGCUAUAGGCCAUUCUUGCCCAAUGCUAAAGACAUUGAAGCUAAACUGCUUAGAUCACUGCGACACUUGGUUCAGAUGUGAUGAUGUUGAUGCCCUAGCAAUCGCGGAAAGCAUGCCUGAGCUACGCCAACUCCAGAUUCUUGCGAGUAGAGUUACUAACACCGGCUUAAAGGCCAUUCUUGACAACUGUCCUCACCUGGAACACCUUGAUUUACGCCAGUGUUUAAACAUAAACCUUUCCGAGGGUGAUACGGAAAAGCGAUGUUUGGAGAGGAUCAAAGAUUUCAGGCGUCCCAAUGACUCAACCGCUGAUUGUUCAUUUCAUGUCGCUUUUAACGAAAUUGAUUCAGAUGAUGAUUUAAGCAAUAUAUAA